GGGCGAUGACGCGGGCGGGCGAUGGGGCAGACGCUGUGCGUCUGCUCCCGGGGCACCGUCAGCCUGGGGGGAGCGCGGUACCUCCUGCUCCACCGCCUGGCAGAGGGGGGCUUCAGCUAUGUGGACCUGGUAGAGGGGCUGCGGGAUGGGCGCUUCUAUGCCCUGAAGCGCAUCCUGUGCCACGACAAGGAGGACCGCCAGGCCGCCCUGCACGAGGUGGAGAUGCAUGGCCUCUUCGACCACCCCAACAUCCUGCGCCUGGUGGCCCAUGCCAUGGUGGAGAAGGGCGCCAAGCACGAAGCCUGGCUUCUUCUGCCCUAUGUAAAGGGGGGGACCCUCUGGAGAGAGGUGGAAGCACUGCGAGAAAAAGGGACCUUCAUGCCAGAGCAGCGGAUCCUCCUCAUCCUCCAUGGGAUCUGCCGUGGCCUGCAAGCCAUCCACAGCAAGGGCUAUGCACACAGAGACCUCAAGCCCACCAAUGUGCUGCUGGAUGAGGAUGACCAGCCUGUGCUGAUGGACCUGGGUUCCAUGAACCAAGCUCGAAUAGAAGUCAACAGCUCUCGGGAGGCCAUGGCUGUGCAGGACUGGGCUGCCCAGCGCUGCACCAUCUCCUACCGUGCUCCCGAGCUCUUCACGGUGCCGAGCCAGUGCGUCAUAGAUGAGCGCACGGAUAUCUGGUCCCUAGGCUGUGUGCUGUACUGCAUGAUGUUUGGGGAGGGCCCCUUUGAUGCCAUCUUCCAGAAGGGUGACAGUGUGGCUCUGGCAGUGCAGAACCCCAUCACGUUUCCCCCCACAACCAGGUACUCAGCUGGUUUGCAGCGCCUGCUAUCUUCCAUGAUGACAGUGAACCCCCAGGAGCGACCCAGCAUAGAUGACAUCCUCCACCAGCUGGAGGGGCUGCAGCCAGCACCGUCGGGACAGGACACCACGCAGAUCUGAGCCCAUCCCAUUCCAGUGGUGAUGUGCCCCAAGGCUGAGCCAGGGAAAAAGCGGCUGCCCUAAUCCCUGCUCCUCUGCAGACCUGUUGCAGAGGGAACUAAUGCCCUGGGGGAGAGCUGCUGCUCUGUGCUGGAGGUGUGUUGGAUUUGGAGUGUUCUGUGCCCUGGAUGCUGCUACCUGGGCCUUGGUCUGUGCCUCAGAGCUGUGGAUGUGUGAUCUGCUGCUAAACAUGGGGCCCUCACUGGCUGCUGCCUGCCCCGAGGGUAACAGAAGAGGAUGCUGUAGGACCCCCAGGGGGCAGGAGCCACGGUCCCGCAGCUCUGUGCCCCAGGAAGGUCACUCCUGUCCAGGGCAGAACUGCAGGCUGGGUCCCGGUGCUGUGCUGGAGAGAGGCAGAGGGCCCCAGUGCCCACUCUGCCACUGCUCUUGGCACCAACGUUGCCUUGUGUUUGAAGUAAAAUACAUUCUUGCGGA